AUGCCGUGGUACCAGCUCAUGCUCGUGCUCAUCGUCGCCACAUCCACGGUCGGUCAAGCCCAGUUAUCGCCCUGUGACGACGGACUCGUACCCUGCACGUCGAAGGGCGGAAAGCACUUCUGCGUCGACUGGGACAACCCGUGGCAAAAGGAGUGCCGUCAUCAGGUCUGCCAAUCGGACUAUCAAGUUAACUGCGGCAUCAACACGACGAUCUGCCUAGACAGCACCGAGCUCCUCGACUACGACCUCGACUCGCAGCUCUGCAUCCUUCCUGAUUGCCCCGACAAGCCCUCCAGCUUCCUCUGCACUCUGCCAGAUGGGCUAAAGGCUUGCACCUACUUCUCCUACAUCACGGCAAUCAAGGCGGACGACGUUUGCGAGAUGUCAUCGUUAGCUACAAUAUGCCCGCUCGGGCAGAUGAACUGCGGCGUGUACGAGCCGAUCUGCGUCGAGGUCGUCAGCCCGACGUCGCAAAACGCCCCGCUGCUGGAGUACAACGAUCAAUGCCCGGAAAAGGGCAAGAUUCCGUGCAGCGAGGAGUGUCACCACAUUGACGACAUCCAAGCGGUGAAGCCGGAUGGGAGUUGUGAAUACCGGAAGAUGCGUCGCGGGACCAUCAUCAUAAUCGUCGCCUGCUCGAUUAUCGGGGCCGUGGUGCUGAUCGGUUUGGUGGCUUUGGUCGCCCGCGCCGUCCUGAAGCGCAACGAUAAGACGAAAACGGCCGACAGGCGCGACUCCAGCACGACGUCCAAGCUUCAGAAAGACAGCGACGACGAGAAGCGGCCCUUCAUGCCGUCGAAGAAGCAGGAAGCCAGCAAAACCAAGCACAAAGCC